CUCUCUCUCUCUCUCUCUCCCAGGGACGCAAGAGCAUCAUCGAGUAGUGUGUCUAAGGAGUAACUGAAAGAGAUGGUUCCCAUCGCAAGACCCAGAAUUCGAUUCUUGUCAUCUCGGUAAUCCGUCGUCCCCUCGGAACGAUUCCUUCCGUGAAAAUGGGCGUGGGUUCUUGAAAGCGUUUCUUGAAAAAUCCCGCAUCUGGGUGUCUGGCCAAAUCAGUCCCCACCACCCCCACCACCCCCCUUUUCCUUCCCCCCCGCUGUUCCGAGCGAAAUGGCGCGGUCUGUUCCCGGGCUCCCUCGUGGCGAAUUCGGGGAUUGAUCCGCGGGGGGCAAUUGCGGAGGAUCGCGGCGCAUUAGGUGAUGUGAGCGGAAAUCUGGUUUUCUUGUUAGGUCGUACUGGGGUUGUUGAUUGAAAGUUGCUGGCUGUUGUUCGAGUUUCUUGGGUGUUUAGAUCUAGGCACCGUGUGAUGCUGUGCGCCAUGGGCUUAUCGGUUAGAGCAUGUUGCUGAUUCUGACACGUGGAGAAGGAUAGACGUCCGUGCCCUUGUCGUUUCUAUAUUCACGUGCUUAUCGCUUGGGAUAGUUAACGUCACUGGGUCAAGCUUUAUUGCUUUUUGGAUCUUCUUGGUGCUCUUGCUGGGUGGUCUUUGGAUGGUGUGAAGAAAUGGAAGUGAGAAUGGCGUUUGCUGUGUAGGUGGGGAGGGGGUCGAGAUAUCAAAAUUAUAUGUCUUUCGACACGGAUUGGUCCUUUUAAGAGCUUGUAGAUCGCGAGGUACGGAUGGCUUCGUUCAAAAGCAUUAUUCAGGACGUGAAGGACGAGAUUGGGAACAUCUCUAGGAAAGGGUUCGAUCAUGUGAAGUUUGGGUACGGGCUGAGAUCACGCUCGCAUCGGGUUGUUCAGGACAGUUCGGUAGUAGUCGAUGCAUUAAAGCAGAGUUGUUGGGCGAGCAUGCCGCCUGAGCUCUUGAGGGACGUGUUGAUGAGGAUAGAGGAGUCGGAAAGCACAUGGCCUCCGAGGAAAAAUGUGGUUGCUUGUGCUGGUGUUUGCCGGAACUGGAGGGAGAUAAUGAAGGAAAUUGUGAAAACACCGGAGGUGUCUGGCAAGUUGACAUUCCCAAUUUCAUUGAAGCAGCCUGGUCCAAGGGACUCCCUUCUUCAGUGUUAUAUUAAACGCAAUCGCAGCAACCAAACAUAUUAUCUAUACCUCAGCUUAGAUCAAGCUUUAAAUGAAGAUGGCAAAUUUCUUCUUGCUGCACGGAAGCUCAGGCGCCCUACCUGCACAGACUACAUCAUCUCUUUAAAUCCAGAUGACAUGUCCAAAGGGAGUGGCACAUACAUUGGAAAAUUAAGGUCAAACUUUCUGGGCACAAAGUUCACAGCCUUUGAUGCACAGCCUCCAAAUGCUGGCUCCAAAGUUAUGAAAAGCCGGUCCACCAGGCUGGUGAACUUUAAGCAAGUCUCCCCGAAAGUUCCUGCUGGAAAUUACCCUGCAGUGCACAUAUCUUAUGAGUUGAAUGUCUUGGGAUCGAGGGGACCGAGAAGAAUGCAAUGUGUCUUGGAUGCCAUACCUGCCUCUUCGAUUGAGCCAGGAGGAGUUGCCCCAACACAGACUGAAUUUAUGUCCAGCACUCUCGAGACAUUUCCCUCAUUCUCUUUUUUCAGAUCUAAAUCUACGCGCGUAGAGAACCUUCAGUCUGGGAGACCAAUGUCUGCUUUGAAAGAUGGGAUGUUGGUAUUGAAGAACAAGUCCCCGAGGUGGCAUGAGCAACUCCAGUGCUGGUGCCUAAAUUUUCAUGGACGGGUUACUGUUGCUUCAGUGAAGAACUUCCAGUUGGUGGCUUCUCCAGAACAAGGAGUCGCCGGUCCAGAGCAUGAGAACGUUAUCCUCCAGUUUGGAAAAGUGGGGAAGGAUGUAUUCACGAUGGAUUAUCAAUAUCCUAUCUCAUCUUUCCAAUCAUUCGCCAUAUGUCUCAGCAGUUUCGACACUAGAAUCGCUUGUGAAUAGUUGAAUGCCAGGUUUUUCUAGGCAAGAGAAAAGGAUUUCUUGGAAGGCAUAGCGGUUUAACGUGUUUCUGGGGAGCAUUCUGAUCAAAGGAUUUUGCCAGAACUCCGUAGCACCUUUUUUUGUUUUUUUUGAAGUUUACCCCGACUCGUCUGGUUUUCCCAUUGAUUUUUCAUUGUAUAUAUGUGCUUUUGCAGCUGGAGAGACAUUUGUGUGUAUGAGUUUGUUUUCUUGUGCUUUUGACUAAUGUAUCCGGAGUCUUUGGUGAA